GUUUGUUUUCUUCUGGGAGUGUAACUUUUUAGUGUCGUCGUCGUCCAAAUUCGGGGUAGACUCUACAUUUUAAGGCAAAUUUAGGUCGUGAAAAUUAUUUUGAGAAUGGGAGGAGAUGGAGGAAGCAUUCCUGGCCGUCAGGAUCUUGUCAGGACAAAGAGAAGACCUGAAAAGGCUGAUCAGAACAUGGAGAGGGUCGCAAGAUGGCAUCAUUGUGCCCUUACACAAGAAAGACUGAGGCAACCAAUGGUGGCCUGUGAGCUAGGAAGGUUGUACAACAAGGAGGCGGUGCUUGAAUUUUUGCUUGAUAAGUCUAAGUCUGAGUCAGCGCAACAUUUAAAGAGUCUGAAGGAUGUAAAGCAGCUGAACUUGACCGAUAAUCCCGCUUACAAAGGUCAUAAAGGAGAUAAAGGCGAUGGUUACGUAGACCGACAAACUGCUCCGUAUAUCUGCCCUGUUACUGGUUUGGAGAUGAAUGGAAAGUAUAGGUUUUGUUUUCUCUGGGGCUGCGGAUGUGUCGUUUCAGAAAAAGCUUUCAAAGAAGUCAAAUCGACUGUGUGUCACAAGUGUGGCAAAGAUUUCUCUGUUGAAGAUGGAAUACUUAUCAAUGGUUCUGAUGAAGAUGUAAAAAUCCUUACAGAACAGAUGAACAAAAGGAGAGCAUUGGCCAAAGAAUUAAAGAAAGCAAAGAAGGCCCAGAAGAGGAAAGUGGAUGAUGAAAGACCCCAAGACAAAACAAAAAGUGUAACCAGCACGAAGAGUGGUACCAGCAAUGAUAAACUCUCUAUCCAGACUGCCAACCUCAAGAAAUUCAUUCCUGGUAAAACCGAAGGCGUCAUGUCUGGGGAAACAAACAAAAAGCCUGAGGAUGUCCCUGGAAGGUCACACAAGAAGGAUCUAGACCCAUCCACCACAAGGCCAGAAUAUGAUUCAAAGAAGACCAAGGUGUACAAGUCCCUCUUCCUAUCCAAGAAUAAAGAUGAAGGAGAGAAGUCGCCUUGGGUCACAUACAACCCAUAUUAUGCUAUGAGGAACUGAACAUCCUUUUUUAUUACCUACAUGUACAAUAUGAACUUUGUCAUGCAGAUCGGUAUACAUGUAGGUGCCCUUUGGGUGAAAAAUAUGGUGAUAUUAGUCUAAGGAGACCAAGGCGUACAAGUCCCUCUUCCUACCUAAGAAUAAAGAUGACCGAGAGAAAUCGCCUUUGGUGACCUACAGUCCUUAUUAUGCUAGGAGGAAGUGAACUGUACUUCUGGAGAUAUACAUCCUUUUGGGUUACCUCUAAUAUUUACUGUGCAAUGUGGAACUGGAGAUUGUCCUGUAUGGUCAAGCAGAAUUUAUUUAGACAUGGGCGAUGAAGCUGUCCAAGUCCCUUUUCCUACCCAAGAAUAAAGAUGCGAAGAGAAGUCACCUUGGAUGACAUAGAUGUAAAGGUGUAGAGGUGUUGUGGAUGAGUGGGGUCCGGGGUUUGAAUCCUACCGCAGCACUUGUGUCCUUUGGCAAGGCGUUUAUCUACGUUUGCCACUCUCCAUCCAGGUAUUAAAUGGGUAUUCGGUAGGAAGGAAUUCCUUGAAUGCUUGAGCGCCCGAUCAGGGUAGCCAUGCUAAAGCCAGUAUAUUGUUAUCAUAAUCAUAUUAAGCAGGACCAUCUUGUACCAAAGAGUAAAGAUGAAAAACUGUUGCCAAGGUGAACCUUCAGUAACCCAUAUUUUUUAUUAAAGGUGAAUUACAGAGGUCACCUUGUGUCAUGUUUGCUGUCUCAAAGUGGUGCUGGACCAGCCCGAGUUUGCUCAAUCUCGAGACUUUAGCCCGAUCUGCCCUCUUCGCGAUUAAUCUUGAGAUUCAAGAAACCCCAUCUCCACCAGCGCAAACAGAGCAAUUCGUACUCGAGCAAGGCAUUGAUGCAUUAUGGUCUGACGCCGUGAAUAAAUAAUCUUGAGUCGAAUCUCGAGUGCGUCUGCACCUACGAAUUAGCGAGAUGAAUCGUAAAUAGCGCGCUAUUUUGCAAAUAAUCCUGAGUUGACUUUAGGAUUGCAAUCUCGAGAUUAAUCCAGCGAACUAUCGCGAUGAUUGUGUCUCCAUUUCAAAUAAUCUAGAGAUUGUUCAGAUCGGGAUAAUUGGCCAGAUCAGAAAUAGCGCGAUUAUUUGAAAACUCGGGCUGGUGCAGACGUCCCUAUAUUCUCUCUCUUUCUCAUCUAUGUGUCUCUGUCUCUUUUUUUAUGCUUCUGCCCAUGGUAGGCAUUUGUUUCCGUGUUGUCCAAUUGUUUAACUUGCAAUAACUCAAGAACUAAUAAACACCGUUCUCACUAUAUUUUGUAAAACUAGUUUUCUGGAAACCGUUUCAGGAAAUAAGUUUGGAAGGUCGCUUUGUUAGCGUUCUCAUCUGAUCACCCAGAAGUGUUUUUCAAAACCACUUCACGUAAAGUGGUCUUUUUGCUACGGGAAUGCUCUUAGUAGGGUGACAUGUUUUGCGCGAAAUUUGAAACCGCAGCAUAGACAUUCUACACAUUGUGUGGACUAGCGCGCUCAAAAUAUGGGAAGAUCUCUUCCUGGUGAACGGUUGUGCCCACACUUUUGCUGAAAUCAGUUUAACGAGGCAAAGCGAUUCGACAGUACUCUUUCCGCUAAUUAGUUUCCAAUAAUCUAGCUUUAGGAUGGUAAUGAUAACGGGGUCUUUGAGGACAGAUUGACAGAUAUAUGCAGACCUGCCAACCAGUACGUUUUAGCCGUAUUUAGUACGUUUUUGCAACCAAAAUAUGGCAGUACUUUUUUUUGUAAAUUUUUUUUUUUUCUUUUUUUAAUACUAAAUCGUAAUUUAUUGAGAAAAAUAAUCUCUAUAUGUCUCUAUUCCAUAAAACGUACACAAAUAUGGUUAUUAGAUCAAUGUAAUUUCACGUAACUUGUUUUUUUUUUCAAUCAUUUUGUUAAAACCAGGGUGAAGAUAUACACAUGUUUUAAUGUUUUUUUUUUCAUCUGCAAGAGCAGUGCGCAUUUUAGCUUGCAUGCAGCUUGAGCGCCGCGAUGAGCGAGUGCGCCAAGCAUUUUAUUAUGAAAUACACUUUUUUGGGGAAAAAUACAGUUUUUUUUAUCACAGAAUACAGUUUUUCAUUCCCAGAGGUUGGCAGGUCUGCAUAUUUAUCUCACACGGUAAAAAUACUGAUUUUUUUUUGUCAAAAUACUGAUUUUUGGGGAUAAGCAUACUGAAAAUGCAAAAUACAACUUGGCAGCUCUGUAUAUGUAGACCCAGUUUGAGUUUUGAAUUUAUCAUAACUCUUUGUUAGAUUGGAUCUUGGAUGGCCCUCUGUUACAAAUAAAAUUCAAUUUUGGAUUGAUUUCAAAUUAUGUAACUAGGAAUUGUGAUUAAUCUAAAAGUACAUUUGUUCACCAGAAGGUACUAGGCUUAAAGACAGAUUUUUCCUCCAUUUUAAUGUGCUUUUUUUCUCUUUACUUAUCUUUACUUUUUGUUUUUGCUGUUUUCUAAGCGCCUUGAGCAUUUAAUUAUAAUGGAAAAGACGCUAUAUAAAUUCUAUGUAUUAUUAUCUCAUAAUUUCAGUUUGAUUUGGACCUUUUCACAACUCUGUGAAAGACAGGGCCCUUGAUAAACAAUUUUGAUCCAAGUACAUGUAUAUGUAGUUAUGAUAUAAAUAGUUUCUUUUGAAAUGUUCUAGAAAAUGUACAAUAUGUAAAUAGAAUAUCUAAUUCUUUUUAAAGGUUAACCUUAUAUCAAUACAACAGUUUUAUCAUAAUAAAAAAAAACAAUUUUAAGUAUUGAAACAAAGUA